UAUGUAUGCAAAAGAAUACUUUUCUGAUGCAAAUAUUUGAUGAGGUUACCAAAAAAAAAAAAAUUCAAACAAAAUGUGAAUUUCCUAAUUACUUCUAAGUAAAGAUGAAACAUACUUAAAAAAAGCAGAAAACACAUUCAACUAAUGGGCAUAAUGAACAUGAAUUAAAAAAGUGUGUUAGAUUUAAUACAAAAAAAAGAAAAACGAGAUUUUAAUCAAACAUCAUGGAGGCAAUGAUCAUUUGCAUACAAACAUUAAUCGAUCAUCCAUAUAUAAAAUAAUUAAAAAAUACCAGUUUUAAAAAUCAACAAACAGGUAAAAGAAAAAAAAAUUUAAUUUAAGAAAAGGCAAAAAUAACUUUAAAUUAAUUACUUGCAUAUGUAUAUAUAUGUAGAUAGAAGUUGCGCAAACUAAAAAUAAAAUAAUGUAAAAGGUUCUGUACAUCAUGAUCCAAAAUAAAAAAAAAUGUAUAAAUAAAAAAAUAUAAUUAUUGUUGUUGUAAGCCCUGUUGAUUAUAGAUGAAAUGAAAGUAAAGGGUCAUGGCAGGGCCAUAAACGAUUCUUAUUCUAGAAAAGAUAAUAAUUCUUCAAAUAAAAGCCAUGAUAAAGAACGAAAUCGGGACAGAGAUCGUGAAAGAGAUAAGGACCGAGAUCGAGAAAAAAAUCGUGAUAGGGAACGAGAUCGUUCUGAUAGAGAUCGGGAACGUAGUAAGAGACAUUCCCCAGAUGAUAGAAGAAAAGAUAAAAAACCCUAUAGAGAUUACUCACCCAAUCACAAAUCAGAUAGGGGCGGUGGUGGCGGCGGUAGCAGUAACUAUAAACGUGAUGACCGAUAUAGAGAUCCAAUAUCAGAACGUAAAAGUGGUGAAUACAAAUCAGAAAGAAAUCGAAUGCAUUAUGAAAAUAAAGAAUAUAAUCGACAUCCUAAUAAUAAUAAAGAUUAUAAAGAUUCUAGAGAUUAUAGAGAUUUUAAUAGAGAUAAUAGAAAUUACGAUGAAAAUCGAAGAACAGAUCGUAAAUAUGGAAAUAAUAGCAAUAAUAAUAACAAUAAUAAUAAUCACAAUACGUAUAACUCACGAGAGAGAGGAAACCCUGGUGAACGUGGAUUACGUAGGCAAUCACCAACGACAGAACAUCGUGACAAAGAACAACGUUUUCGCCGUUCAAGAUCAAAUUCACCAAGACGAAGUGGUGGUGGAAAUAAUACAGAUUCAUAUCGUAAUGAUUAUCAAAGACGACAAAGAGAUAAUAAUUUUUCAUCAAUAUCGACGUCAUUGUCACAAAACCCAUCUGCAUCACAAAUACACCAACAAAGUAGCCGCGAUAAUCGUGAUUAUCGAUCAAAUACUAAUAAUUUACCACAAGGUAAUAAAUAUUUUAUGCAAUAUAAGCAUCAGCAAGACCUCAAUUCUUCAGCAGAACAAUAUAAUCAACAGCAGCACUCAGGAUUACAUUUACCACCAGGAAACCCCUCAGUUAGUAAAGUAGAUUCUGAAUUACCAAAAGCAAUUGGUGGAAACAGUAAUAAUAUAACUAUGGCAGCUGGAGCAGCUGCAGCAACAACACCAACUUCAUUAGCUAUACCAAGUUAUUACAAUCCAAAUGUUGUUAAUCCCACAAAAAUAGCUGAACAAGUUCAAAAACGUAAGUUAUUAUGGUCACACAAAAAAAAUGAAGACACAGCUGCUAAAAAAUGGGAUGGUGCAACAUUUGCGCAAGAUAAUGAUGGCAAAGUUGCAUCAAAGUUUAUGAGAUUAAUGGGUAUUAAACCAAAAUCGGAUGGCACAACCACGAACAUUAGUAAUAUUGGUGGUGAUAUUAGUAGUAAUGUUGGAGAAGGAGCACCUUUACCUGAGAAUGUUAAAAAACGUGAGGAAAUGUUUUCUAGUAUGGAACAGCAGUAUGAAGUUGCUAGACAAGUAACACAUACUAUGCGUGGUGUUGGUUUAGGUUUUGGUUCAGCGCCAAAACAUUUCUAAAACAAACAAAAUAACUAUUAUUAGUUUUAAGCAUUACUUAUUAAAACAAAAAAGAUAAAACUAUAAAUAUAUUUAAAAAUGAUUUAAGCAUAUAAAAAUGCACAUAGUGUCAAAUAAAUAUUUAAAA